AUGGCACCAAAUCCCAAGAUUAAGAAAGCUUGUAAUGCCAUGAAGCUUUUGGGAAUACAAGAGGCGAAAGUAAAAUUGGUCCUCAAGAACCUGCUCGAGGCUUAUGACAAUAAAUGGGAUUUUAUUGAAGCUGAAGAUUAUAAGGUGCUCAUUGAUGCAAUCUUUGAAGAGGAAGAUCUGCAGGCCACUGAAACGAAGAAGAAGCAAGAGAAAAAAGAGAUUAAAAAAUUUGUUGUCAUUAAUCUCACAUUUAGUUGGUUUUUGGUAUUGAAACAAACUCAGCCUUUGGUUACUAAGGAAGAAGACGAAAUUAAUGAAGAGGAAAUUCCUUUGAAUAGGAGAUUGCGCCCAAAGCGGGGAAGAGGUUGUGACAACAACACAAGCCUUAGCAUAUGCAGUGCCAUAUCAAAGAAGCCAAACAAAGAUGCUUCCAAGAUUCAGCCUGAAGAGGAAGAUGAAGAUGAUGAUGAACUACCACCUUUAAAGAGGUACACACGCAGAAGUGGUGAAAGAGGAUUGUCAAUGACUGUGUAUAACAAUGCAAGUCCUAGCUUCAGCAGUCGCAUGUCAAUGGAUCCCGAAGAUGAAAAGGACUCUGAGGACGGUGCACUUAUUAUUCUCAACGAUGAGGAUGAGCCCAAUUCCGAUCAUAAGCCUCUGAUUUCAGAUACAGGGAACUGCUCAGCUCCCAUGCUUGAGAUGGAGAAACCAAAUACUCAUGUGGAAGAACGGGAUAGAGAAACUGAAGAGAUUCUCUGUAUUACUACUACCAAGGAUGUUCCUCCUUCAGCUACUGCUGCUUCGGUUGAAUUAGCUUCUUCGACAUCUGGUGAGGCGAAGAUCUGUUUAACUUUCGCGCCUGCAACUGGAGAAACAACGAAUUUGUGUUUGCCUUCUAUGGAGGCUUUUCGCAGAGCAAUGGAAGAGAAGUGCCUUAAGUCAUACAAAAUUGUUCACCCCGAGUUUUCAGUCCUUGGGUUCAUGAAGGACUUGUGUAGCUGUUACGUAGACAUGGUAAACAAUUCAACCAACCAGUCACUUGAAACAGAAACCGUGAGUAAGGUGGGUGAUGAAAGCGCUGCAGCUUGCACUUCGAUGGGGUUGGUAGUUGUUCCUGAAUGUGAGAUCUCUUCAGAUGGCUGGAGAGCAAUUAACAAUGUAAAGGACAUUACUGUUGGUGAAGAAAACGUUGAGAUUCCAUGGGUGAAUGAGAUCAACGAUGAGACUCCUUCACAUUUCCGUUACAUGCCUCAGAACUUUGUUUUUCAAGAUGCUCCAGUGAAAUUCUCACUCUCAAGUUUCUCUGAUGAGCAAAGCUGUUCCUCUUCUUGUAUCGAAGAUUGCUUGGCUUCGGCAAUGCCUUGCAACUGUGCAAUUGCUGUUGAUAACUUGUUUGCGUACACAGCAGACGGCGUAAUUAAAGAGGAUUUCUUGGAAGCUCGGAUCUCUGAGGCGCGUGAUCAAAGGAAGCAGGUGCCGGAAUUCUGUAAAGAGUGCCCACUGGAGAGAGCUAAAAAAACAGAGAUUUUGGAACCUUGUAAAGGGCAUUUGAAGAGGAAAGCCAUUAAAGAGUGUUGGAUCAAAUGUGGCUGCACUAAAAGAUGUGGUAACCGAGUGGUACAAAGAGGAAUACACAACAAAUUACAGGUGUUUUUCACACCAAAUGGGAAAGGUUGGGGCCUUAGGACAUUGGAGAAAUUGCCUAAAGGGGCAUUUAUUUGUGAGUACAUUGGAGAGAUAUUGACAAUCCCAGAGCUAUACCAGCGUAGCUUCGAAGAUAAACUCAGUUUUCCUGUGAUAUUGGAUGCACAUUGGGGUUCUGAAGAAUGGUUAGAGGAUGACAAAGCUCUGUGUCUUGAUGGGACAAAUAUCGCAAGGUUCCUUAACCACAGAUGUCUUGAUGCAAACUUGAUCGAGAUCCCAGUUUACGUUGAGACUCCAGAUCAGCAUUAUUAUCAUCUUGCAUUUUUCACAACAAGAGACAUCGAGGCAAUGGAGGAACUCACAUGGGAUUAUGGCAUUGACUUUGACGAUGAUGAGUCUCUUAUGAAACCCUUUGAAUGUCUGUGUGGUAGCAGAUUCUGCAGGAACCUGAAGCGAUCAAAGAGGAACAAGCAGAUAAUGAACAGAGCCUGAGAGGAUAAUGAAGAAGAAAAAUGACAUAAGACCUAAUGUAUUUUGGUGAAUGGGACUCUCUCUUAGUUAACAAACCGGUCCCGGUCAGUUGAUUUUGUAGGUUGAACAAAAGCUAAGUUACUUAUUAUGAGAUCAAACUCUGCAUAACUUGAGG